AUGGAGCUGCACGUGCGCGCGUGCUCGGCGCGAAACCUGCUGGACAAGCAGACCUUCGGCAAGCAGGACCCCUACUGCAAGCUCGCGCUGCGCAGCAAGAGCUUCAAGACGCGCGUGCACGACAACGGACACAAGACGCCCGUGUGGAACGAGGUCUUCGUCUUCUCCGUCGUGGACCCGCAGCUGGACCAGCUCGUCGUCGAGGUCAAGGACAAGAACUUCACGUCCAGCACGCUCAUCGGCGAGUGCCGCCUGCCCGUCAGC